AUGUCAACAUUUAUAUUACGUGCUUUCCGUGUGACAUACAGAAAACAGAACUUCAAAGCAGUCUUUUAUUCAUCACAGCCAGAAUGUGCUAAUGAAAGAAAUUUAGGAAAAGUUGUAAAUGUAGCUAUUAUUGGGGCGCCAAAUUCGGGAAAGAGCACCCUCAUAAAUAAAGUUACGGAAAGGAAGAUAUGUGCAGCUUCCAACAAAGUGCACACGACGACUAAAUUAGUACGAGCGAUGUGCUAUGAGAAUGACACACAGAUUAUAUUUUUAGACACUCCUGGAGUUGUUACUGAAAAAGAAAAGAAGAAAUAUAAUUUGCCGGACUCUAUGAUGGGAGCAUGCCACAAAAGUUUGAGGUGUGCUGAUGUUGUUGGUGUGGUUCAUGAUGUUUCUAAUAGAUAUACAAAAGAUGUUUUACACUCUGAUGUCAUCAAUAUGCUGAAUGUUAUAGAGGAUACACCAAGCUUUUUAAUCAUUAACAAAAUUGAUAAAUUGAAAUCUAAAAAUCAACUACUGGCAGUAAUAAAAAGUCUCACCAAUGGUAUGAUUGCUGGCAAUCCUAUCCCUGGAUCAGAAAAAAGGAAAAGAAACAGUGAAAAAAAAUUAGAAAAAGGAUACAGUAAAUUCUCAGAUGUCUUUCUUAUAUCAGCUCUAAAUGGUGAUGGAAUACAGGAUAUAAAGAACUAUCUCGUCAGCAAUGCAAAGACAGCUGGCCAUCAGUUUGCAGUUUCAGAAUGGACAGACCAGACACCAGAGACUCUGAUAACAGAAGCAGUUAGAGCUAAGUUCUUAGACUUUUUGGCACAAGAGAUCCCAUACAAACUGAAUGUCCAACUUGAAUAUUAUGAAGAGAUAGAAGAACAAGAUAAAAUACUCUGUGCGUUAGUAGUGGAGUGCCCCAAUGAGAGAUUAUUAAGGUUAAUAGCUGGAGCUGGUGGUGGUAGACUACAACAAAUCAAAUCACAUGUUAGAAGUGACUUAGUAGAUUUAUUUAAAAAAACUGUUGUCAUAGACCUACAAUUAAAAGUAAAAAAUAGAAGUGAAUCUGUAGCAUAA